AUGUCUAAGAUUAAGGGGCAUUCCAGGCUUGUGAAAGAAAUCAAAGAUCUUCAGGAAAAUUAUGAAGAGUUUAAAGUUCAUUUCCCAGAUCCAGACUCUAUCUACCUUUUUAACACAGUGUUUGAAGGAGCAGAAAGGACAGUUUAUGAAGGAGAUACACUUGAGCUACAAUUCAAGUUUGACAAUACUUUUCCUUUUGAGGCUCCAGAGGUUAUAUUUGUGGGUGAUGUACCAGAGCAUCCUCAUAUUUAUAGUAAUGGGUACAUCUGUUUGUCUAUUCUCUAUGAUCAUUGGACACCAGCCCUCAGGGUAUCUUCAAUCAUUCUGAGCAUCCUCUCCAUGCUAAGCAGCUGUGAAGAGAAGAAGAAGCCAAUAAAUUAUGAGUCUUUUCAGAGCUAUGCAGGUGGAAGAUCUCCAAAGACCUUCAAGUGGGCCUUUGAGGAUGAUAAGUGCUAG